AUGAUGUCAGUGCUGAGUCUGAUUCCGGAGGAUAAACGUAAAGAUCAAAGAAAAGAAUCCCUAGAGAGCGUAUACAGCAGUAACUCUCGUCUGAACCUGUUGAACAAGCGCAAGCGUAUGAACCCUUUAACGAUGGACGCGUCGAACACAUCGCUCGGCAAGUCGGGAGAUAGAUACGUCACGCAGCGGGUGCUGUCCGCCAAGACACACAGGGUGAAGCAGCUGCAGAACCAGCUGUCUGAUGCGCAUUAUCACUUGCAGGAACUAAGUAACGAAAACAGAGUGCUACGAGCUAUCCAGAAGAAACAAGAAAUCGCACUGCAAAGAUACGAAAACUCAAACGCUGAAUUGCCACAAGUCCUGAACUCUCACAAUGAAGAGAUGAGGAUACAGCAGUCGAAGUACAAACAGCUGAAGCAGCAGUAUAAGGAGGCGACCAUGAAGCUGAAGGAGAGAGACAUGCAGUUACAACAACUAAAGGAUGAACACCAGCAUUUGCUGGAGCUCAGUAAAGACAGGAACCUUCUCGAACGUGAAAAACUCCAGGCUCAAGUGACGGAUUUGAGUUCGAAAGUGCAGCAACAAAAUGAGAUGAUCACCAUGCUGCAGCGGCGCAUAGCUCUUGAGGCGAAGAACUUUAGGCAUCAACUGCAGAACGAGAUCAACAAGCACAAGGACACGAGGCACGACCUGGACCUCGCCAUCAAUAAUGCUGACAAACUUACGACGAUUAUUGAGAUGAAAGAGAAGAUGCUAAGUACAGCAGCGAGUAGAUCGAUCAAGUCUCCAGUGAAGACUGCGUCAGGGACCAGCAUAUCUCUACCCAAGCAGUCGGUUAAGACGAGGUCGGAGACUGACACCAGUGCGACUAGGGGCAGAGACGAGAGACGGGAAGACAGACAGAUUGUAGACCAAAACAUAAUGGCGAAACUAUGUGAGAACUCUCGCAGUAUCAGCAGUGCAUUGUCUCAUGACGAAGAAUCGUCGUCUUCCACUGAACCUCGCUCUCGAUAUGCAAGGAGCAGAACCAGCUCCACCCUUUCAAGAUCUACUCCUAACCCCGGAACCAGAAAGAGCUCGAAAGAAUCUGAUGAAAUUAUGGAGUUGGCUAAAACAGUACAAGACGGAAUGGCAGACCUCACCAUAUUUGACGACGAUCUAGAUUUAAAAUCUUCCCCCGAUGAACUGCAGAUGAAAAUGGAAGCAAUGAAGACAGAUCUUAUGAAAAAAAUAAAGAAUAGUGACGAACCUUCGUCUAGAAAGACGAGCGCUUUGAGAAGGAAAUCAACAGAAGAAUCUAUAGAAGAACAAGUGGAGUUAGAAGAGACGGAGCGACCCAAGUCGAGAGGUAGGAGAAACUCUAAUGUAUCCUUCUUUGAACAGGCAGCCAUUGAGGAUUCUAUCACAACUGUAGCUGUACAUCAAGGAGAGAUGGAAGUGAAAAUGAAACGUGAAAAUUGUUCAAUAGAACGAAAACUACCCAGCAAGCCUUUAGAAAAAUAUUGCAAAGAUAUCAUUCAAGACAUAGAGAAAAGCAGCAAAGUUAUAGACAAACAUAUGAAAUAUUUCAACCAAUCGAGAUUUGAGAGUGAUAAAUUAGUGCAACAACUAGAAGCCGUCGAUAAAAUUAAUGAAUUUGUUAACGCGAACGUAGAAAUUCCUGAGUCAGCUUUAAAUGAAUUGAACAAUAACUUUAAAAUGUUGACGGAUCAAGUAUUUACCGAUGUUGCUCCCAUGGGACGGAAGCGAUCUAUAUCGGGUAGACGAAACUCCAGGACGAAUCUACUCGGUGACAACAUGACCAAUCAGGAGAUGUUAGACGACCUACUGGGGAAGAAAUGA